AUGAAUCCUAAAACCCUAGUUACAAAUUUUCUCAUCAUCCUCCUUGUACAAAUCUCAAACUUAUCAUUAGUUGUAAACUCUUUACAAGCAUACCACAAGAAAAAUGAAAGACGAGAGUUUAGUGUAAAGCCAAACGCUAUUGUACGAAUCGUCAUCUCCAAUGAUCUGUUUGGUGUGGAAAAUAAUGGAAACGCAGGUUUUGUAUGCACAAACGGUAAUAAAGUAUGGAGGAAAAGCAAACCAGGAGAUCGGUUUGUUGUGUACCAAUUCAAGUACGAUGGUAAGAGGAGACAAGGUUUCACGCAUUGUCAUCUCCGAUCUAAUUUCGGGUUUGUAAAUUUUCCAGUUAAUAUUAAUCCAGACACAUCUGCUUAUUGUUACCCUAGCUACAUAUGUGGUUACUCAGUUCAAAAAAAUGGAGUUUUUUACAAGCCUGAGAAGAAGCUUUAUCGAUGGAAGAAGCAGAAGUGA